AAUAAUAAUAAAAACAUUUUCAUUCCGAAGGCAGUGGAACAUUCUCGGGCUUCCACAGCAUAGCUGGUGUCCGGCGACACCAGGCGUUUCAAGAUCAUGAACUCUGCCAUCUCCUGCACUGCAAAUCCAUCAAUGCCACCAAGCAAAACCGUGAGGGUUGUCAUCAAGGGCCGCGUUCAAGGAGUCUUCUUCAGGGACUGGACGGUCCACAACGCUCGUGAGCUCUGUCUCAAGGGCUGGGUACGUAACCGCCGGGAUGGCUCCGUUGAGGCCGUCUUCUCCGGCGAACCCACUGCCGUUGAUGAAAUGGUAGACAAGCGUUGCCGGGUCGGCCCCCCUGCGGCCAUGGUCACUGGUCUCAACUCCUUCCCCUCUGAUGAUGACCCGGGCCAGGGUUUUCAGCGCAAGCCCACUGCUUGAUAUGGAUCUCUUGGGGUAGCGCUUCUUCAAACCCUUGUAGUAUAUCAUUCGCUUCUUUUAUACCAUUCGCAUAUGAAAUUCUAUGAAGAUGAUCUUCUCUGAUAUGAUAUGCUUGGCUAAAAGUUUUGUUUUUUUUUUUAGUCUCAUCGUUGUCUUUGAUUAUACUGUUCUACCUUUUGUAGUAACACUGAAAAUUUGGGGAUUGAAAUUAUUUGAGGGAUAUAUGCUAUAUAGUGUAGAUUGUUGUAGAUGGUAAUGGAUUAUGUGAUUGGAACCACGAUUGACUA